CGCUACCUGCAACUGCGCUCUUCAAGAGGCCCUUUGGUGCAGUGUUGCGGCAGCUGCUGCCAUGAAGUUGAAGAAGAAGAAGAGGAGGAAACGUUGGUGCAAGGAAUGGAUCUCCAGACGUAGCGAAAGAGGAAGUUUUGCACAGAUCUUCUCUGAGCUUGAAAGUGAAUGCCCCGAGGACUUUGAAAACUAUACCAGAAUGCCUAUACCUGCAUUCUAUAAUUUGCUCACCAAAACUGAACCUUAUAUUAGGAAGGAGGAUAACCAGCUUCGUCAGAGUAUCUCUCCCGGAGCUCGUCUGGAGGCCACCCUUCGCUUCCUUGCUGCUGGGGGAUCAUAUACAAACCUUCAGUAUUCAUCAAGAAUAUCCAACCAGAGCCUGAGCUGCAUCAUUCCCGAGACCUGCGACGCCAUAUACCAAGUGCUUAGAGAAGAGUAUAUGAAGGUUCCAACAACGCCGGAUGAAUGGAGGACCAUUGCAAACGGGUUUGAGAAGUGGAACUUCCCUCACUGUAUAGGAGCUGUGGACGGCAAACACGUACUGAUACGAGCUCCUAGCAACCAAGGGUCCUACUUCUUUAACUACAAGGGCUCUCACAGCAUCGUCCUCAUGGCCGUAGUUAAUGCUAACUACGAGUUCAUAUACGUGGACGUUGGAGCCAAUGGACGAGUUUCUGAUGGGGGUGUGUGGGCCAACACUACUCUUUCCCGUCAUCUGGAGGAAGGUACAGCUGGUCUUCCUGAGCCUGACCAAGUACAAGGGAGCCAGAGAACUCUUCCAUAUGUCUUUGUGGGAGAUGACGCUUUUCCCUUGAAGCAGUACCUCAUGAAGCCUUACCCAAAUAAAAACCAAGAUGAGGAACAACGAAUUUUCUCCUACAGGCUUUCCCGUGCUCGCCGCAUCGUUGAAAAUGCGUUCGGCAUUAUGGCUAGCAGGUUCAGGAUCCUGCAGAGCGCCAUACAGCUAAUGCCGGAUAAAGUGGUAAAGAUUGUUUUAGCCUGUACAGCACUCCACAACUACCUGCGGAAGAACCACGAGGCGUUUUACACUCCAGUGGGAAGCCUGGACAGAGAAAACAUCACGGAUGGCACGAUAACUCCAGGCUCAUGGCGGGACUGCGAACAACUUUUACCCUUGGAAAGACUUCGCAGAAACACUACAAAUGAUGCCAAGAACAUCAGAAAAGACUUUGCCACAUACUUCAGCAACGAAGGUGCAGUGCCUUGGCAGAGGAGAGUGUGUGGUCUGGAAGAACUACAGUGAGGUGCAGUGCCUUGGCAGACAAGGGUGUGUGGUUUGGAGGAACUUCAGUGACGAAGGUGCAGUGCCUUGGCAGACAAGGGUGUGUGGUUUGGAGGAACUUCAGUGACGAAGGUGCAGUACCUUGGCAGACCUAAUGCUAUAUUUUAAAGUGCACACACACACACACACACACACACACACACACACACACACACACACACACCUUGUACAACUAUUUGCCACACCUCAUGUCAUGUAUUAUUUAUACCUGUUU